CAUGUGAUAUGGAAAUCAUGUUGAUAACAAUGCUAAAAAACAUGGACAGGACUCGCACUGGAGCUUAUUCACAGAUCAAGAAAGAAACAGAUUCCUUUGAUAAGGCACUGGAGAGUGUCGAAGAGGCUUUGGUAAGGCUAGAGGUAUUGCUUCAGGAGCUGCAUAUGUCAAGCACUAGUUCACAGAAGGAGCACUUGAAAGCUGCCUGUUCUGACCUUGAACGGAUACGAAGACUUAAAAAAGAGGCUGAAUUUCUUGAAGUUUCGUUUAGGACGAAGGCAGCUUUCUUACAGCAGGUAUCUUUUGCUGUUCAUUUCAAAAAGAAGAAAGUCUUAUCAAGUUUUUGCCAUCUCAGAUUUGUCCUGCUCAGUCCUGACAUUUUGAUAAAAUUGCAUCAAUUCUCUUAGAUUCAACCAUUGGAUAUCUUAUAUUGGUGUUGCG